AUGUCCGACGACGAGUUGCCGGAAUUCGAGGACUUCAACGUCGGCGGCGACGAAGACCUGGAUUGGUGUUUCAUAAGCACAGAUGACACAAUGGACAGUGAUUUGCAAGACGACUUGCCGGAAUCCGAGGACGUCAACGUCGGCGGCGACGAAGACCUGGAUUGGUGUUUCAUAAGCACAGAUGACACAAUGGACAGUGAUUUGCAUUUCCUCGGCCGACUCUACGACGACGAGGUCGGAGAGCCGGCCGUGGAUGACGAGGACUGGAUUUUUGUCAAACAAGGAGUGCCGGAGGAUAAGACCGCCUGCGGAAGCAACACAAAGCUUCUAGGUGGUGCGGCCUGCUCCAUGAUCAACGACGACGCCGUCAUCGACGUCGUCGAUGAGAUCGGAAAAGAGGCCGGGUUUCCGGUGUCUUUCUAUUGCCAAAUCCCAAGGCUGAUUACUUGUGUUCGCGCUCUCGGCAAUAAAUCGGAGAAAGAUGCGCUAACGAUCCUUUUAUCGACUUUUAAACACGUAGGCUUUGCCACCUUCGGCUACUACAUGUACACUCUCGUUUGUACCGGCGGAUUUACCGUCGCCGGAGCGAUGGCUUUUGGAUUUAAGUGUGGUGUGAUGAAAUCGGCGUUUCUGGCAGCAUCGAAGCCUAAGAAGGGCAUGGAUGAAAAUUUCAAGAGGGACAUCGCCGCCGAAGUUCAGGAGAGAGUGGAUGAGGCCAUCAAGCAAUUGAAGCUCUCUGGAAUCGAAUUGAGAGAUGACAGGAGAGAUGAGAUCUUCCAAUUCAUGGAGGAGUUGAUGGCGGAGAGAGACGCGGCCGAGAAAAGAGUACUGCUUCCCAUCAGAGCAUCACUAAACAAUAGAGUAAAGAUUGUUGCUGAAAGUGUAAUUCAAGUAACGACCAAGGAUGGUGAAACCUUGCUUUUCAGUCCUCAGGAGAUCAGUAAAUUCAUUGGAAAGAAAGUCAAGGCCGCUGUAGUUACUGAUCCUGCAGACUUCAAUGAUGCUUCGAGUGGUUUGGACAAGAAGGAUGGAGAAACAAACAUCCUUGUCUUUGACCUUAGUGGUGGUACUUUUGAUGUCAGUAUUUUGACUAUUGAUAAUGGUGUCUUUGAUGUUCUUGCCAGAAACAGUGACACUACUUUGGGAGGUAAAAUGAUUCACCAGAGUGUCAUGGAGUACUUCAUCAAGUUGAUCAAGAAUAGAAAGUACAUCAGCAAGGACAACAGAGCCCUUGAAGCUGAGCGGAAUAGAGCCCUCCUUGUUGAUAUUGAAUCAUUUUUUGAAAAAGAUUCUUCUGGACCCCUGACAGCUGAGGAAAAUAAUGACUUGUUCGGUAAGACCAUGGGACCAGUGAAGAAGGCCAUGGACGAUGCUGGCUUGGGGAAGCACCAGAUUGAUGAAAUUGUGGUUGUUGGUGGAACCUUCAGGCUUGGAAAGGUCAAACAGCUUCUUACGGAUUACUUUAAUGGUGAGGAACCAAACAAGGGUGUGAACCCCAAUGAGGCAGUUGCUGCAAUACAAGGAAGCAUUUUGAGUGGAAAGAGUGGUGAAAAGACCAAAGAUCUUCUCUCUGCCCGUCUUUCCCUUGGUAUUGAGACCGUUGAUGGAGUGAUGACCAAGUUGAUCCCCAGAAACACUGUGAUCCCAACCAAGAGGUCCCAACUGUUCACUACAAACCAGGAUCAGCAGACUACCGCCUGCAUUCAGGUCUAUGAGGGUGAAAGAAGUCUGACAAAGGAUUGUAUGUACAUCGGAGGGUUUGACCUUACUGGAAUUCAUCCAGCUCCAAGGGGUACUCCUCAGAUUCGAGUCACAUUCGAAGUGGAUGCCAAUGGCAUCCUGAAUGUCAAGGCAGAAGACAAGGGGACUGGUAAAUCUCGGAAGACCACAGUCACAACUACAAGGGUCUGA